UAGACAAUAACUGUGUGGAGAGGCUAACCUGUUGGAGAUGGAUUUGAAUACUGUUCUCCAGUGGUGAAAGGCUACACAUGUGGUUAGAGCAGGAACAGUUUGACCUCGACAGAACGAUAACACGCACUAAAGGUGAACAUCGCCCUGCGUGAGUUCAUGUUAACAUAUACUAAACAUGUAAGUGACGCUUGUUAUCUCUGCUCGCAGCGGACAUGACCGAGAUUUGCCGAAGUGGGACCGAAAGCUGGCAUAGAGCCAUGUGACAGUCAUGUGAAAAAUGGGAUGCAUCUGUUCCUGUCUCUCUGCCCAGCAGAAUGACGACCCUCAGGCGACAACACCGUUGCUUAAGGGGGCACCCUCGACCCCUCGACCCCAAGUGCCCAUUGCUCAGGUGGCUAAUGACCCAGUUCAAUCCGCCCGGAAGCAGAAAAGACAAGAAAAGGAACGAACGUUUGUGGCGUCAGUAGAGGAAUUAGCAGAUAUAGAGUUGGAGCCCACGACACUUGGCACCCUGGACAAGUCUCUUAUGGACCACGCGAGACUUCACAAUACAGUGCUGGCCAACCAUCGCUCUCUACGAUCCAUCAUCCACGACUUUAAGGAGCUGUUCCUGGCAGACACAGCUGGAAUCCCUGUCAUGGCUGACUGCAUCCAGGCCAUGAAGGACAAAUGUGGAAACGCUCAACUCUCCGUCGGAAGGAAAAGUAAAUAUUGCAUUCAGAUAAACUACGACGCACACGAAGUAAGCAAAGAAUCUGGUCCGCGCCCGGAAGUGGUAAUUUCUGCUCUGGAACUGUUUAACAGAGCUAACAAAUUGACGAAAGACAUCAUGGAUCGAGCUCCAAACGUCAACAGAUCCGUACAGCUCAUACUCAACGACGAGAACUCUUUACGAAAGGAGGUGACAAAAGCAGAUCUAGGCCCAGUCGCAGGACCAGAGGCAAUGAAGAACUGUGUAGAAAAUAUUUCAAAGAUACGGAAAAUUCCCAGUGCAAUGGAAACCAUCCAAAGGGACACACAACGAGUAUUCGAUGAAAUUUUGGCGGGCUCCAAAUGUUUGUUCGAAAACACAGAACCCAAACUAGUGACGUGAUUUGUUUAUUGCAGAAGGUAAAAUUUGUUUUCGUGUUGACUGCGGAAUAUAGACUAUCCGUUAAUGUAUUUAUUUCUUUACAGCAGAAAUUGUAUGUAUUUCUAAACAGAUAUGUAGAAUUAUACGUAUAAUAGUAUUACAAAAAAGGUGCUGCACACUUUGUAUUAAUCGUAUUGGAAAAACAAAAACUGACUUUUAAAAAUAUGUUUUCACCUUUACAAAGCAAUAACCAAUAACGAAAUUCAAUACUGGAUUUACUGAAGGCAACUAAGAAUUUGGGUUUUCAUCCUCGUCCACCAAGACUGUUUGCAUAACACAUUUGUGUCGAGGAGCAUAAU